UUAACUUUUCGAAACCAGAACACGUUAUUUUGACGAACGAAACUUGAAAGUAGGUGGACACAGACGGCUGAUACAAGCAAAGAUGCAGACAGAGGAAGAUAUUCCGGACGAUGACAUAAUUCCACAAGCGUUUGCUGUUGAUGAUACUGAUGAUAAUUUUGAUCUUAACAUACCCCCAACAACGGGUAACGAAUAUCUUAGACGAGUGAGACAAGAGGCUCGAGAAUGCUCCCGAGUGGUGGUGGCCCCCAUUGAUGCCAAGGCAUUUAACAGUAAACAGACUGUGAAGUAUAAAGAGCCAUCCAGCUGUCUCCCUCCACCUCGAGGACUAGCUCCAUCACCUGCCUGGGAGAAGAUGCAGGUCACAGACUUUGCAGAGUUGAGACAGAAAUUGCUCAGAUUCCGAGCUAUGCUGAACUCUGGAGAAUUAAAUUUGAAGAGGCCAACCUUGCCCUCGACAAAUGAUGCCGAUAACUGGUGCCGCCUGUGUUUCGAUCGGUUGAAAAUCAAAACGGUUGCGGGUGACUGCUUUGAGGAGAGUGUGGAGCCCAUGGUUGAAGGCGGUGCGAUGCCGCUAGGGGCCUACAACAUCACGGACCAGCCUUCAACAUCACAAGCCUCCAUGCAAGGGACACCACCACUACUGAGCAUCGUCCUCUUCAUGGAUCAGACCAUGGUGAUAAAAGUGUUAGAAUACCAUGUCAACUGGCUGGAGGCAACAGGCUUCACUUCACACCAGGGUCGAUGGUUCUACGCACUGCUGGCCAGCCUACAGAAGCCGCUCUUGCCAGAGGCAUGCUCUCUCAUCAGAGAUCUGGCCAGGCUCUGCUCCAACCUCCGGACUUCUCUGGACAAUCCCGAAGAUUCAAGGCUGCUGGAACUUAAUUUGAUGAUAUGUCUUGUGGCCAAAUACUUCGAACAAAAUGACCUGGCAUAGACUUUGAUGAAACUGGACAGAGGUACAAGUAUUUUUACAACACGGUUGUAAUGCUGGUGUUGAACACCUAUUCCUGUCCAUGAUGACUGACCUCAAGAACUUGAAGUAUUAGUUGUAAUAUGAAACUAUGAAAUCAUUGGCCUCAUAUUACCUUUACUAAAGUGCCAUAAAAAGUUAUUUUGCAACCAGAGGUUCAUUUGUGUUGUAUCUCAUUGAUGUUGACUUGUAUUUUAUCUCGUCCACACUGCAUUAUGUACAGAGCAUUAUCAUGUGGCUGUAAUACUGUAGCAUUAAGGAUAUCCGCUGGUCCAUAUUCAUCUUCCCGAGGCAUAGUCCAAUCAAAAUCGCGCACCGAAAUCAAAAUCCAGUUCGUAAAGUGUCGGGCAGAUUUUGGUCUACUGGAGGAUUUGCAAAGCAUGUGCACCGCUAACUCGUUGUCAACAGAUAUUUUCUAAAUCUUUUCAUGUUUUUAAUCAAGGUUCUCACGUGAUUUGAUGCACUUCGCGAUGUAAGACUCGUUUUAUCA